AUGUCGAAAGAUAUUGCUUCCAUGAGAGAAAUACAACACAACCGACAACUCAUUAUGCAAGCUCUAAAUAAGAACACAACAAACUUUUCAAACUAUUCUAAGAUAUCUGAGUCAUUGAAAGAAGGAAACUUAAAACUGACAUUAAACCCAAUGACAGAUGAGUUUCUGUUUCAAGACAAGAAGAACAAUACUGUCUGUAUAAAUCCAACAAAAGGAACCUUAAACGAGAAGCCUAUAAAAGAACUUCUUUUGAAAGCAGAUAUUGACAACAAAGCUGACAAAGAGUAUGUUGACAAUAAAAUGUCAAGUGAAGUGACAAGAGCUGAAAACGAAUAUUCUAAAAAGACUCAUAUACAUACCAUUGCAAAUAUUACAAACUUACAAGAAACCUUAAACAGGAAAAGUGACGUUGGACAUACACAUACCAUUGCAAAUAUUACAAACUUACAAGAAAAGUUAGAUGGCAAAGCCGACAAAGAAACUGUAGAUAUGUUGGCACAAACGGUUUCAAGUCAUACCAGAGGUUUAAUGGAAGAUGGACAACAGUUGAAAGAGCUUGAGAAAGGUGUUACAGAGUUAAGGAAUACAAAAGCAGACUCGAAAUGGAUAGCUGGAUAUGUAGAUGCAACAAAAGAAUAUAUUUUCGCAUGGACAGAAGGAACAUACCCACAAAAAUAUCAUACACAUAACAUCUCUGACGUAAAUGAACUACCAACAAUGUUAUAUAAGAAAGCUGACAAAACAGAGCUUCAAACAUUAAAGACAGAAAUACUUCAAACAUUAUAUCCUAUAGGUUCUAUUUAUACGUCAAUGAACUCUACCAGACCAGAAGUAGUACUUGGUUUUGGAACUUGGACUCAAAUAGUCGACAGGUUUUUGUAUUGUGCAAACUCUUCAAAGGAAACAGGUGGAAGUAAAACGAUUUCAGGUGAAAAUUUACCUGCGCACAGUCACUACAUAAAUUUAACUACAGCUGAAGCAGGUUGGCAUAAGCAUAGAUAUUGGGAUUGGACAGGAAUGACAAAAGGUAAAGGAUAUGAUGUUAAAGACGAGGUUAAGUUUGCUAUAAAUUGUUACUGGGAUGACACUCAGGGAGAUGGAAGCCAUACACAUCGCAUUACAGGGUAUACGCAAACAACGGGACAAAGUAAAGACUACAUGCCACCUUACAUGACAGUUUACGCAUGGAUAGAAUUGCUUAU